GCAGCUGCAGGACCAAGAGCCUUGCCUGUGGGAUCGCCUUUCCUCUCUCUCUGUCUCCCUCUGGGAGGAGGAAGAAGGCAUUGAGGCUUCGCCAGUAAGUUCUCAGUGCUGCCAAGUUUCUCCUGGGGGCUGGGCUGGGAGACAAUGGUCCCAGCUGCCUGCCUGGUGGAACGUCUUGUGGAGAAAGGCUCGCAUGCAGGCAGGAGGGAAGAGGGAGGUGGGGAGGGGAGGGUCCCAGAGAUGCCAAGGGGCAGGGAUGGGUGAGCGCCCCCCCUGCUGCAAGGGGCUUGCACAGCAGGUAGGGAGGCUGCUGGGUUCUGUUCCCCGGGCCAUGGGCCUCCAGCAGCAGAAGGGAAUUGGAGCCCUUGGAGGGAAUUGGAGUUCACAGCGGCUGCUGGGACCCUGGGGCAAUUGUCUCCUCCAGCUAAACAGGAGGGUGGCUCAUUUUCAGGAGAGUGAGGGGCCACAGGCCACGUGGACCAAGUGUGGGGAGUGCCUGCAGGCGCUGUGGGCACAGGUGUGUGGUGUGUUCUGCAUCCUAGUGCACCUGGGCGUGUGAGUGUGGACGGUGCGUGUCUGUGGUUACAGCAGACACCCGUGUUGUGGGGGUGUGGGCGAGUUGUGAUGUGCAUUUAUGUGUGUGCGUUUGGGUCCCUGCGUGUGGGUACAGGUGUGUGUGGGGUGCCCACCUGUGUGUCGGGGUCUGCAUGUGUCUGUGCACGGCUGGGUGUGUUGGGUGUGCUGUGCAGGGAGGGGGGUGUGGGUUUGUGAGUGGUGUGUUUCCACAUGUUGGUGUGCACAGGGAGUUGUGCUAUGUGUGUAUUAUGGCAUGUUGUGUUUUGUGUGUAUUGUGUGUGUGUUGUGUGUGUGCACAGGUGUGUGGUCUGUGUCCUGGGGCCACCGCUUCUCUCCCAGCCCUGCCCUGACUCGUGGGAGCUGCAGGGGGCGCCGCUUCCGCCGCGCUGCAGGGGCCUCGGCUCUGCUCGGGACCUGGGUCCGUGCAGCUGAUGGGGGGCGUGGCUGCGGAGGUGGGAGUCCAGGCUCUGAGGGAGCUGGCAUGUGGUCCUUCUGGCCAGUGACACCAGCAGGGUCAGAGGGCAGAGGGGUGGGUUGUGCGUGGUGUGGGACCGCGCGGGAACCACGACAGGUGGGAGGCUGGCUGGCUCUUCCCGGAUCAGGAGCAGAGCCUGUAGGGGCCGAGGCCUGGGGCUCCCGGGGCCCCCGGGCACUUCCGUCUCACUCAGUUCACACAGCUGCCGGCAGCUGGGGAAACAGGCCCCGCAUGACUGAAGCCUUAAUGUUACCAGUAAUAGCAGACAUGGGCCCAGAACCAGCCUCCAGGCCCAGAACUUUCCAGGCCCCGCCGUUUCGUGGGAAUCUCGCCACGUCCCCGAGAAGCCGGUGCCUCAGUUCUCCCGUUUCACAGCUGAGCUAGCUGGGCUUGGAGAUGCUGUGCGGCAUCCUAACGACAAAGGGCAGCUGGGCCAGGGCUCGCCGGGCGUUCUUCCGGGUUCAGCCUCCCCGCGAGCUCACGGCUUAGGUCCGACCGUUGUCUGUGUUUACGCACCAGGAGACUGAGGCUUGAAGAGUGGCUGACUCGCAGACACUAUUUACAGCAGAGCCCAGAACGGGCACUCCUGGUCCUCUCUCAACCUGACUGAGCAGUCCCGUCCCAAGUGCCGGGUUCCUGCGUGUCCCCGGGGCCAGGCUCUCAGAGCAGGCCGGUGUUCACGGAGGCCCGGCCGCGGGCAGUGGAUGCCUCCUGGAGCCCCUCCCCCUCCAGUGCCUGCACAGCCAACACAGAAAUCAGGAAGAGGCCGGGAAACACCCAGCAAGGUGCCCCUGGCUUGCAGGGACACUGUCCCAAGCCCUGUCGUGUACAAGGUGGCCUCGGUCUUCCUGUUGCUCCUCGUGUGUGCUGUGGGCAUUGCGGGCAAUGCCGUGGUGGUCCUGGUGGUGCUGACCACAUAGGACAUACACACACCCACCGACUGCUACCUGGCUCGCCUGGCCCUGGCUGACCUUGCCGUACUGGUGGCUGCAGGGCUGCCCAUCGUCUCCCACAGCUUGGCUGGGCAGUGGGUCUGUGGCUACACUGGCUUCCUGGGCAUCAGUGCCUCCUCUUGCUCCGUCCUGGAGUUCACCGUGGAGAGAUCGGCGCUCCCGGCCCCUCCUGCAUGCCAGGGCUUCCUGGCCGUGAUCCUUGGUAAACUGAGGCUGCUCCCCAUUUAUGGGGGGGAGCCUGUGGGACCCUGGAGUAAACUGGCAUCCAGGGUGGGCGAGGGGGCAGGCACCAGGAAGCAGGUUGUCGUCUCACCACAGCUGCUGACUUGCUGCUGGAUGCCAAGGCACCCUGCACUUCUCUGGGCUCAGUUUCCCUGCCCGGAAUGUGGGCAGUGGACUGGGCACCCUCUCGGGGCUCUUCUGGCUCUGAUCUGUACCCCCGAGAGGCAGACAAGCUCUGCUCUUCCGAUUCACCUUCUGCCCUCUCCUCUCAAGACUGGCUCCUUGUGUUCUGCAGCCUGAGUCUCCCUCAGCAUGGCCACCUCGCUUCCCAGAUGGUCAUGGCCCUCCAGGUCCCUAUAAAAGGGCCAGUUCAACCAUCGAGGCCACAUUUGGUCCCCAGCGGGGAAUCUGAUUGGCCGAGCGGGGUCAGUGUCCCCACCGUGGCCCAAUCACAUGGGCAGGUGGGUGGGUCACAUGACCCUGUGGCCCGCAGGUACAUCGCCAUCUGCCACCGGAUGAGGGCACAUACCGUGUGCACCUUGGCGCAGGCCAAGCGCAUCAUGGCAGGCGUCUAGGGGGCCACGUCCACCUACUGCCUGCUCUGGUUCUUCUUGGUGGACCUCGAUGUGGACGGGGACCGGGGCCUGUGGUGCAGCUACACGGUGUCCCGCGGCCUUUGCCUGCCCAUCUACCUGCUGGACUUCACGGUCUUCUUUGUCACGCCCCUGCUAGUGGCCACCGCCCUCUACGGGCUCAUGGCAAGGAUCUUAUUCCGUGGUUCCCCCCGCCCACUUGCCCCAGCACAGGUGCCAGCAUGCGGGCAGAGAGGCCCGGUGGGAGGCAGGAGCCUGGGAGAGGCAGCCCCGCAGGCCUGGUGGGGACGUGACCGGCAGCUGCCCCCGGGCCAGAGGCUUCCCUUCUCCCAGGAAGCAGCAGCCUCGUCCUGGGGCAGCAGCCAUGGCUGUGGCUCUGGUGGCAUCUGCUUGGCCACCAGCCAUGCGGUGGGCCCAGCACCAGUGGCUCCACAGCCCCGCCAGCCCACAGGUCACCGAGGUGCGAGUGGUGGUCGUGCUGCUCUCUGCCAUCCUGUGGACGCUCAGCCCCCUGGGGGCCCAGCCUCUCCAGGACCCCUGGGUCCUCCUCUUCUGCCGCACCUGAGUCUACACCAACAGCCCCAUCAGCCCCAUCAGCCCCAUCAGCCCCAUCACCUACUGCCUCAGGUCCCAGAAGUCCAGGGCGGUCAUGCGGGUGCCAAGGAGAGGAGCCCGGAGGCGCCCAGCCUGCCUCACCACCACCAGCCACGGUGGGUUCUGAGAGACCCCCCCCCGGAAGAUGCAGAUGGGCAAGAGUGGGGUCGCGGGCCCUCAGGCAGCUGGGCGCCCACCCCAGCAGCAGGGGCCUGGUUUCAGCAUCGUCUGAGGGCUGCCCUCCUCCUGCCUGGCUCCUCCUGCCGCCCUUGGUCUGCUCCCUGCUGGGUCCUGUCUGCUGGCGGCUGGCAGGGCCAGGAGAGGGGCAGACACCCCUUUGCCAGUGGCUCUUAGCUCCCAGCUCCCCAGGGACUUCUGUCCCCGCGAGCUAGGACCUGAGGGUGUCCUGGCCAGGGGGGUUCCAUAAGGGUAGUGCUCCCGCCUCCAGAAGCGCGGGAGGUGAGGAACGGGAGGCUGGGGGUACCCUAGCCUCCAUCGGUGUAGAAUUAUGACCUUCCACUGCUCCUACGUACCACUUCAAGCACUUUUUCCCAGGUAUUACAGGAAUGUGCUUCCAGUCUCUGGUGACACCCUGUCAGUCUGGCUGUGGGCAGAGCUGGCAUGUGGCAUUUUCUAAGGUGGAUGGUGCCACACAGAAAGGGCACCCAGCUCCAACCACCGACACCCAGAGACACCUCAUGCUGCACCCCCACUGGCUUGGAGGUCUUCUCCAACUGGCCACGCACAUGUGCUAAGGACAGCCGGUACCUAAGCCUCCUGCCUCCUUCCCUUUGCGUUCAGCCUGGGUCACAGUCGUCAACAGAGCAGAGUGCUGUGUUUCUUCCAGCACCUCAGCCAGAAGUAGGAAGCCGUUCCUGAGCCCCUCGCCCCCAAGCGUCAAGCUCUGCUCCCGUGAGGCCGGCUUUGACCAGUGCCCCCUUCAUCCAGGGCCCACGGGGGAGUUCAGGGUGUGGGCAGGCUUCCACCUCCAUCUCUUAUCUGGGUGGACACUGCAGCCAAAGGCACUGACAAUUCAGGGGGCAGGUGGCAGAAAGUGCCCCCACCCAGCAGCGAGAUGUGUUUCUGGGCCAGCUUGGGGGGUGCCCAUGGCUCUCAGAACUGCAGGCCCGUUUCCUCCCCUCACUGCCCAGGGACCAGGCUCCCUGUGGAAGUGGGUUCAAAAUGGCGGCUGGGACCCAGAUCAGCAGUCGUCACCUCUGCUGUGACUUCAAGCGCUAGCAGAGCCUGGGCAGAGGGCCUCAUGGGGGCAGCCAGGACCCGGCAGCGCUGGCUCCUGGGUCAAGGGCCCAACAGGCGGCCUGCUGUGUGCUGGCUGGUCCAGCCCCACGCGGGUCGGGGAAAGCGGUGCCUUGACCCGGCCUGGCUGUGGCGCCCAAGCUGGAUGCACUGAUGCUUGGCCCUCCAUAGGUGCACGUGGCUGUCAAUCCUCCUGAGCCACCAGUGAGGGGAGAGUGCAUGGGUAAGUGGGCAUGGCCACUGUACGUGACAGUGCCAGGACAGCGGCCACCUAAGGUGACCAGGGGCCCUGCUGGCCUGUCCACUGGACCCUCCUCCUGGUGGUCCCUACUGACGGUUAGGGGCCCCAGGCCCGGGAAAAGCCCAGUGCACGCAGGACUCACGUUUACCCCAGUGAUGACCUGGUCGGGGGGACCUCCACCUGUCCCCCUUUUGCGAUGAGGACCCUGAGCCCAGAGACCUUCAGGUGCAGUCACCUGUCCCCCUGUGGGCGCACCUCUGCGAUCAGGACAAAGGCUUGGGGCCCUGACCCAUCCGCAUGCCCUUUGAGAUUAUUUUCCCCUUGGGCUCCUGUGAUGCUCAUUAAAGCAGAUUUUCCGUGGACACUUGGGAGGAAGUCUGGUGUCCAGAGGUGGCCCAAAGGUGGCCUGCGCAGUGGGGCACCUGUGUGGGGCGGAGGCAGGCGGGAAUGAGGGAGUAGGCGGGGCGACAGAGGGGCUGGGUGCAGUGGGCACCUGGGCGUUAGCGUCUCCUGCGGCCGCUGAGGGCCC